UCAGAUCCCAGAACAGACGGAAAAUUAAAUCCAUUUUCUAAUUACAAUUCUACGCGUGGAAGCGUGCAGAGGGCAAAUAUUCAUCCUUCACAAUAAUUUGGUGAAACUGAAUUAGGCUAUAACAGAAAAUUUUACAGCAAAUUGUUCCCUACAACUACUCAUUGCUCUGUGCACGCUCUCAUCGCUUAUAGAAUAUUCACAUUCGCUUUUACUCAUAGAGGAUGGGAUGUCCAACGUCAAAGCUUGACAGUGAGGAUGCCGUCUUUAGUUGUAAGGAGAGGAGGUUGCCUGUAAAACAGGCAGAGCAACAUAGGCAUUGCGCAGAAUUAGAGUUAUAUAUUGAGGCAUCACUUAUACUGAUUUCUCAAGAAACAUUUAUAGAAUGGCAAGAAACAAGAGAGCUCUUUAUAUCAGAAGGAAAGCAUCAAUGGACCAGGGUGGAGCAGCAAGACAAAGGCGACGACGAGCGUACCUCAACUGUUCCAGUCAUUCAGGCAAUGACUGGUUCCAUUCUUGACAUGCCUUUCCUCAUUUUUUCCUUUGUACUUGUGCAUACAUAUAUGUAUAUUUCCUUUCUGUACUGGAUGCACGUAGCUAGUCCCACGGCUCCUUGUGUGGGACGCAAUUUUGAAUAUGAAUAA